AAAGGGUGGCAGCACCAGGCGGCGAAGGUCAUCAUGCGCCCGGGCGCAGCGCCCCAGCCUUCCCUCCUCCCGGGCGGCGCUUUUCCCGGCGCUUAGGAACAUCGCGAGGUGGCGGAGGAGGAGCUGCCGAGUGACGCGACGGGAGGACACCGCGGGGAGGCUUCCCUCGGAGGCACCCUUGCCCACCUAGAGAUCCAAGCCCUCCAUUAGCCACCUGGAUUAAAGAAAUGCAAAGACAGAAAGUACCGACAAAACCACCCAUUAAACCCAAGGUAUGUAUCUGCGCCUGCAAGAUGUCACAGGAGAAGAACGCAGCCAAAACUGCUGCAAACAAGCAUCAGAAGCCGUUCCCAGUAGCUCUGGGCUACAAGAUGGAGCAGGCUUUAGUUUCUCAGUAUGUCCCUGUUGUCCUCCACCCUGGGGGACACAAGCGUGAAUCUCUCAGAUAUGCUUUCUACAACCCUAACUACUCCAACACGUACACACCAUUUUACACUUUGCAAAAACCCACCUGUGGUUAUCGGUAUAAUCGAGAUACAGAUCACACGAGGAAGGUGAUGGAUGUUGAAAGAGUGGAUUUCUCAAAGUGGAAACCCAUUUUUGGGAAGAAGCCAGGCUUGUCUGCAACAGGCUCAAAACACUGAAAUUGCCAUGCAGUUCACCCGGGACUUCCAUUCAGAGGCUUGAGCUCACUCAUUUUCUAAGGCCACUCAGAAGGAGAUGUUGUAGGAACUUCAGAAGAACUUCAGAAGAAGCAGGUCUGCCUUAACAAGAGCUUCUGGGAUAAAUUGCAACAC